AUGUCAUACGGAUGGCUGACGGAGAGUUCACUCCUGCCCAAAAGGGCAGUGCCUAUCGGCGGCGUCUCGGAGUCGUCGUUGUAUACGCUGUCUAGCCAUAUUUUCAGUUUGCAACAGGAGCAGCAGCAAAAGACUCUAGAGCCGCUCGUAGGUCUGCAACGUGUCUCCCAGUUGGCGCCUUUGGGGAGGAAGCGGAAGCAUCCUGACUCGGCGCCCGCGGUGAAGGGGUCUUCGGAGCGGCGAGAUGGAGCACACGCGCGGACAGAACUCUGGGAAAGGCAGAGCGAAGGCACAGAGAGUCAGAUAAGAGCCGGAGGGGUUUGGGGGUCACUGGAUGCCCUUGACGCAGACGGCGAGCGUGGCGGCAGCGGAGGGUACACCGGUUGUGAGGAUGUGAAUUACGGGCUAGCGCAACGGCGAUGGGGACGGCCGUCGAAAAAGCCUCUGGACCGGCAGGCUCGGUUGAUGGAAGGGAAGAACCCGAGAGUUGAGGAACGCGCAGCAGCUGACGAGCAAUUUUUAGCAGCUCAUGCAAAGACAGUGGAAGCCUCGCGACGGAAGCUUGAGGAGAAGGCGCGGCUUUACGACGAUGUUGUGGACCGGAGAGCGGAGAACGAUAGGCGAGCGACAGAAGAGCAAAACCAGUUCUUGUGUGCACUAAGCAAGGAGACUGAGAGGCGGCGUGAAGAAAUCCAGGAAACGAAGAAACAUAGGCUGGCAAUGCUUCGCUCCCGGUUACUGGUCCUACGGCAAGCAGCUGCGGCUGCCGCCGCUGCAGAGGCCUCAGACGCUGCAGCAGAUGCGCUCCUGAAAGCGGCAAGGGCUGAGGCAGUAUUGAAUGAGGAGUUGUAUGGUGCGGCAAAUGCAGCGGUUGAGCUCGGCGAUGUCUCACACUGA